UUCUAUUCAAUCCAACCCAAGCCAAUUCAGUCUAUCCCAUCCCAUCCAUCCAUCUAGCCUCACAUCAUCCCUUACAAUUUUCAACAAUGAAGCUCACAUUUGUUUAUCUGUGCCUUGUCCUUAUUGGCGCCGGAUCCGCUGCAGCCCAACUCAACCGCCACGCUACCAACUUUUCAUCUUGCUGCACCAAGACCGUGACCGACAAGGCAUAUAUUACCAUUAUUUCGACUGUCAUUAGAACCAAGCCCACUACCGUCAACAAGGUUACUACUGCGACUGUUACCUCUACUCAGCCCACCGCCGUGAGCAAGGUAUCCACAUCCACAAAGUACACUAAGACCGUGACCACCACCAAGCCCACUACAGUGAUCAAGGCUUCCAUUACCACAAAUACCAAGACCGACUACGUAAAACCAAUUUGGUUUCAGCAAUUGGUUAAACUUUCAAGCGUUUUUAAUUACAACAACAAAAACAAACCAUAUCCAUGCAAUCAACGAUAAUGUCAUUCUCCAUACUAGUUUUGUAAAAUUCCAGCUUGAGUUAAUUUAAAAGAAUAUUCUGGCU